UACCCAUGUCACUUAUUCGAAGUUUGGUUAGAAAAUGUGCUGCAUUAAGUGUGGUGGUGGAACUAUUUCUAGUUCUUCUUUGACAACAUUUCGUAUCUAUUAAUGAGUAAAUGGGUCGUACUUGGAGAAGACGAAGAAGUCGCAAAAAGAAUUCAUCAAUCUCCACUGCCCUAAAUCACGAUAGUAUGAUCGUCAACUUGACGCGCUGGAUGACGAGGCACAAUUGGAACAAUGAAACGAAACUAAAAUUAUCCCACUUUAAAAACACAGGUCGUGGGGUCACAUGUGAUCGCAGCUUAAUGAUCGAAGACACAUUAAUCGAAGUUCCUUAUGCAUUAAUGAUCACUCUUGACUCGCUUGAAGGUGUGGGUGAAGUUGUAGUUACCCCCAACGGUGAAAAAUUAACAAUUCAUGAUCUAUUAAGUUUAUUUCUUGUGAUCGAACGUCACAAGGGUGAGUCAUCUAAUUGGAAAUAUUACUUGGAUUCGCUACCGGAUUGCUUACCACACCUACCGUGGCUGGCCACCUCUAGCGAAAUUGAUCUUUUUCCUAACACUUUACGAGAGACUAUUCUGAACAGACGUGAAAACUUUGAACUUAGUUGGAAGCGGUCAAAGGAAUCAAUAAAUCCAAGGUGGAAAUGCGAAUGUUGCCAAACCGUAGGUCAUCGCGUGAUUACGUUAAAUUCAUUUAUAUGGGCAUACGUAAUGGUCAACACUAGAGCAGUUUACGUCGAUCCAAAUGUGGUUCGAGAACUGUCCUCCAGUAAAUGGGGUAAUAUUUUAUCCGACGAACCGUCCAUGGCUUUAUGCCCUUUUCUCGAUAUGUUUAAUCACUCUAAUAACGCAAGAACUAGCGCAACACUUGUAAAAUCAGACGGAAAGUGGGUGUACAAGCUCAUCACGCUAUCUCCUUCAAAGAGGCACGAGGAGAUUUUUAUUUCGUACGGUACCCACGACAACAUAAAAUUAUUGUGCGAAUACGGUUUCUUUAUACCUCAUCAAGGUUUAGAUUGUAUCAGUUGGACGCUUAGUGAUACAUUAGAAGCUACCAAAAUGAAACUAAAUGAAAGACAAUACAAGUUUCUCAAAACGAGGAAAUUGGACGACUCGCUGUAUAUUGAUUGUAACGGGUUAUCGUUUAAUCUAAAAGCAGCUCUAUUCGUUAUUUUAAAUCCUUUCAUUAGUGAUUGGUGUAGCUGUGUUUUUGGGAAUUUCCCAUCGGGUUGCUCUUCACAGGAGAUGCAAGAGUUGUGCCGAAAAUUGUUGGCGUGGAAAGCGAACAAGUUGCUGGGUGAACUUCAGCGUAUGGAGAACUAUGGGUCACAACGCAGUGAGACUUUUCGUAAUUUAUUAAACUAUCAGAACUACCUCUUAGUGCUGGUCGAUAAAAUGUGUGACAAGUAUAAUGUGUGAGCAUGCACGUGGCCAAAGGGAAAUUUUGUUCCAUAAGAAGAUUCUGUUACAAAUUUUUUUACCGGUUUGUCACGCUGUUAAUAAACAUGCAAUUGCAAAGCUAUAAGGAAGUAGCGCGAGAAUGCGUCUUGUGCUCUUCUGCUUCAGGUCGUAAAUCUCUGAAGUCCAAGUGGGCAUCCCUGCCAUAGUCCAUUACAUGUCCAAAAUACUUCAGACUUCUUCCUAU